AUGCCUUUCACAGCAAGCGAUAUCUGCAAGAUUAUUCUCGCCGUCAUCUUACCACCUCUUGGUGUUUUCCUUGAGAGAGGUUGCGGUGCCGAUUUGCUCAUUAACAUCCUUCUCACCAUCCUUGGAUAUAUCCCCGGUAUCAUCCACGCUCUAUACAUCAUUCUGAAGUAUUAAGCUUCUCAUGACAACGACUUUCCUCAAGCUCAAAAAUAAACGAUAUACCACACUCGACUUCGAUCAUACGAUACCUCCAAUCAUCUUCCUACCUCUUUUACAUCUUCUCGAAAUCAGGCCUGACCAAUGCGGUUCAUGCUCAGACAUAUUAAUGAAUAAUUAACCUCUUGGCAUCGGAAGAGUCGGCUGAACAACAUUUCUCGGCUUGAAAUUAUGAUGGCUCGGGAGUUAGACAUAAACAUGCAUGGACAUGGGUCAUUUGGGACGAUUAUGAUUUUCUGAUUUUAUACUUUUUCUUGCGCAUUUCAUACAUGGGUUUUUUAUGUAAUGGUUCUUUUCGUUGGGUUUUUUUGGCAGCAUGUCUACGGACUUGCGGUGCGAUAUGGGUCUUCAGGGGGGGAAUUGUACAGAGGAAUAGGUGGAUGGAUAAUAUAAUGAAUGAUUACAAUCCGAUUACAAUUAUCUUUUAGAACAUGAAACAUUUGGGAAUAUGCACGUUGUGAUUAUUGCUGUGUUG